AUCGCUUUCAUCACCGACAUUUGCCAGGCCCACCAAAGCAUCGCCAUGAGUGCCCCGUCACAGCUGUCCGCCGGGCUUGAUCCCGUCCACCAGAAGGAGCUCGAGGAGUUUGUCCAGGUUGUCGAGAAGCGAUCCGAGUUCCAGGCCGCUGUCCACAACUACACCGACAUCUGCUGGGACAAGUGCAUCACGAAGAUCAAGUCCCAGACCGACAAGUCUGACGAAGUCUGUCUGACCAACUGCGUCGAGCGCUUCCUGGACACCAGCGUGCUCGUUAUCCAGCGCUUCAACGAGGGUCUGCAGCAAGCUCAGAAAUCGCUGCAGUGAUGGACAUUUUCCUUGGCUCAAUACAACCACAGUCAUCCGCA